GCAACGGGAGUUGGACUCUGCGAGCUCUUCGCUGUACCGGUUGUGGCUGUCCCCUGACAUGCCGAUCAUUGAGUUAGAUACCAAUUUGCCCGCCGACCGCGUGCCUGCGGGACUGGAGAAGCGGCUCUGCGCGGCCACCGCUGCUAUCCUGGGCAAACCUGAGGACCGUGUGAUCGUCACUGUGCGGCCUGGCCUGACCAUGGCACUGGGAGGAACCACAGAGCCCUGUGUCCAGCUAGUGGUCUCCUCCAUUGGCGUCGUGGGUACUGCAGAGGAUAACCGUGGCCACAGCGCCCGUUAUUUUGAAUUCCUCACUAAGGAGCUGGCCUUGGACCAGGACCGGAUAAUUAUCCGUUUUUACCCCUUGGAGCCCUGGCAGUUGGGAAAGAAAGGGACCGUCAUGACAUUUUUAUGACUGGUACAAAGGAUCCAAGGCAUCUGUGAGCUGGCUGCCCCUUCCAGAGUGUUCUCUUGGCAGAGGCAAGGCCAGGUGGAUAUCACCUUUGGGCACCCUUUGUGCAGAUAUGUCUGUGACCUCAUAGUGCUCCUCUCCUUAUCCUCAUGACAAAUAAACAAAACACUCUUCAUUA